AUGUCAACAACAACCUCAAGCGAUAUUAAACUUCGACUUUUUUAUUGGGACUGUCGUGGUCGUGUUCAAGCUGUUCGUUAUAUGCUUGAAGAUAUUGCAUAUACACAUAAAAAUGUUGACUAUAAAGAAGAUUUUGAAGUGCUUGCAAAUGUAGUUCAAUCGUGGAUGAAGCAUAAACCCGAUGAGAAUAUUUCCGGACCAUUCCAUAAUUUACCGGUUCUUCAUUGGAAUGACACGCAUACUUUUGGUCAAACUUUAACAAUUGGACAAUUCUUAGCACGAAAAUUUGAUUUAUAUGGUAAAUUAACAUCAUCAAUUGAUGAUAAAGAUUUCUUACAAGGUUAUAUUGAUGGUGUUGUAUCAUGUGCAUACACAGAUAUUAUAUCAAAUGUAUUAAGUGCUAUAUGGAAUUGUGUAGAUUUUGUUGAUGAAAAUCUUUAUACGAAUCGUAUAGCAAAAACAAUUCCAAAUAAUUUGAAAGCAUUGAAUAAUUUGCUUAAAAAUAGUUCAACAUCAUUUUAUUAUGAUCAAACAGAGCCAACAAUUGCUGAUUAUUUUGUUUUUGACGCAUUUACAUUGGCACGUGAUUAUUGGCAAAAAAUAUUACCGGAUGAAAAUGAUCGUCAAGAAUUAAUGAAAUUAGAACAGGCGAUGAAAGAACGACCAGGAAUAGCUAAUUAUUUUAGCAAAAAUUUAUUACUUAAACGAUUAACUGGUUCACCAAAAGAAAAGGAAUAUUUGGCAAAACUUGCUGAAACACAAAAAUAA